GGACCCCAGAGAGCAGGACGCGCCGGAAGCUGGCGAGUUGAACGACAAGGGAGAUGGCGGUUGUCUAAGUAACUCGCAGGUGUCACUUCUCGAAGGUAAGAGAAGGUCUUUCGAAAGCACCUUCUGGGAGGAGGUAUUGUGCUCAGCGGUUUCUUGUGCAGACGAUGUGCAUUCUCCUAAACGAGUUAGUGGCCAGGGACCAGGAAAUGGUGGUGGAGCGGAGGUUUAAACUUGAUCUCACCUAUAACGUGCAUGUUAUGGAUCAUGUACUGAUGACUUUUUACUGUUCCCGUUCUAGUUCUGGUUUGAGCUUUAACGAGAUGAGGCAUUUACUAUACCUGGGGCUCUUGGGUUUUUUGCCAUAUAAAGCAGCGGUUCCUGUUCUCUCUUUUUUUCUGAGGUGUUGUUAUUUGAUAUAUGCAGGGAGCAAUCUGUGGGUUCGGGUUUUUUUAAUUAGUCAUUGGUAUCCCCAAAGCAAAAUUAACCAUUGGAUUGUAAAAGUUAUGCAUGUCUAAUCUCUUGUGUCCCAACAGCUGCAUAAGGAUGACUUCCUUGAAAGUGCCAGUCAUCGAUGUCCAGAAUGAUAAUUUCAAGGAGCUCUGGCCAUCCAUGCUCUUGGCCAUCAAAACAUCUAGCUUUAUAGCUAUUGACACGGUGGGUAGAGUUGCCCUUCUUUGUGAUUUCUCAAAAAGGGUAGGGGCGGGGACUGUAACUUUGAUGGUAAUUGGGUUGCUGUCUUUGCUAGGGAAAGCUGACACCAUUUUAUUUAAUUUUUCCAUUGGUCUAUCUACCUAUUCUUUAUACUGCUUUCCAGGGUUUCAGACAGGAGUUUUCCAGCUCUGCAUGGGAGACAUCAGGGAUUAAACCUUGAACCUUGUACAUGUAAAACUGUAACACUGAGCUACAACUUAUUUUACAUAACUUGUUCUACCAUGGAGUGGAAAUCUAAUUGUUAUCUUUGUCCAUAGGAGCUUAGUGGGCUUGGAACAAGGAAGAGUUUGUUGAAUCAGUAAGUAAUGUGCUGCUUCUGUGUGAGUCCUGAAGCAUGAUGUUCUCAUUCUUCUUGUUCUGAAUUAUUAGGUCCUUGAGUAUGGACAGCAUUGUUGAGUGUCUGCCGAUACUUUCAGGAGUCUUUGUUUCCCCCAACUCAGUACCAGACACUAGUUGAGUGGACCUAUUGGGAUUCACAGUGGAAGCAGUUCUUUGACUGUGUGGGUGUGGAUGGCUUAAGAUGUGCUUGCCCAUUUGGAGUAAUCAGUUCUUUGAGGGCAGGAAAUAUGCAAGCUGUGGGGAACAGGCCCACAUGCUAUUAAUGCGCUUUGAAAUUCAGGCUGGUCUCGAUCUUGAAUGGAAAGGUGAAAUUUGUCAUGUCAAUAGGGAAGCUAUGGUUCAGUGGUCUAAAUUUCCUACUAAGCUGCCUGAGGCUUCUCCCCACAGGUGUAUUGAAGAACGAUACAAAUCUGUUUGCAGUGCUGCCAGAACACGCUCCAUUUUGUCUCUAGGAAUUGCUUGUUUCAAACAUCUUCCUGAUAAGGUAUAGUGCUCAUUGUCUGGCUUUCACCCUAAUUCUACUGCUGAGUUAAGAAUGUGUUGCCUAUAAGAGGAUGGUAUAUUGAAGGUUCAGUCUUCAAUGCAUAAAGUGACCAGUAUUGAUUCUAGACACUAAAGGAAGUAGUUGUUGAUUUCUAGGAUGUUCCUGUUUGCACUUUUUCUGUGCUGCUCUCAAUUUCUUUGAACUGGCCUGUAUUUGCAGUCAGAGAACACAUACCUCUCCCAGAUCUACAACCUGACCCUGCUCUGUAUGGAGGAUUAUAUCAUUGAACCACAGUCAGUUCAGUUCCUGGUGCAACAUGGCUUUGACUUCAACAAGCAGUAUUCUCAGGGCAUUCCUUAUCACAGAGGCAAUGACAAGGUAUGGGGACUGUUUACUGUAAGGUAUAAGUGAGGUGAGACCACAAUGAGAAGUAACUGGUUUCUUUCUUAAUAUCUGCUUGGCUUCGUUUGCAUUUCACACUUCUUUUGCUAAUCAAAAUUAUCACGUGUAUUUUUAAAAAACCUUUAUUAACACCAAAUAACAACCCACAAUGCAUUUCACACUUCAGUGUCAUGGGGCUGAAUUGAUGCUGCACCAACAUAGCCACCACCUAGUCAAAGUAGUUCUGUGGAGCUUCUGUGGAGGAGUCAGUCUGCUAGCAGCUGGUUUCACCAUUGAGCUGGAGGAGAACUGCCCUCACAGAAAUAAGCUUGGGAACACAUACCAGGGCCUGAGCUGAAGGGGUGCGAAAUGUCCUGCACCUUCAUCUGACAGUUCUGGUAGAUGAAUAAAGCACCAUCUCUGCCUAGAGUACAGGAGAGAGUGGUGGUGGGCAUCCUGCCUUUUCCAGGCUUUACCUCAGCGAAAACUAGGUGUGGUGGUUCUGCCCUAGAACCUGGGUCAUGAAUCCAUAAGCAGUGGCAGAAUUUGGGCUGUAGACCUGUACCAUCAAAACAGGUGAAGGGAACUCCAGGGGAUCAAUGCCACCCUCUUUUGCAUUUACCUCUGCUGCCUUUGCCUGCAUUGACCGCCCAACACUUCUGAGGCUCAUCUUCAUCCAGGCUGUUCUCAUAUCAGAGAAACUAGUGCAGGCUUUGGAAAUGAGGCCAGCUAACCUUAUCCCCUCUUUGCUCUCUCACAGGGAAAUGAAAACCACAGCCAGACUGUCCGUACUUUUUUCCUGGAACUGAUCCGAGCCAAGAAGCCCCUCAUUCUGCACAAUGGCCUAAUUGAUUUGGUUUUCCUGUACCAGUGCUUUUAUGCUCACCUUCCUGACAAUUUGGGCACCUUCACUGCUGAUCUUUCAGAGAUGUUCCCAGCUGGAAUCUAUGACACCAAGUAUGCUUCUGAGUUUGAGGCACGUUUUGUGGCUUCUUACCUAGAGUAUGCCUACAAGAAAUGGUAGGUAUCUCUUGCCAGGUCAAGCUGUAAGCACCCUGACAAGGAUUUUUGGGCCGAGAUCCAUCGUAGCACAAGUGGACAUUUGCCUGAUCAAAUAAUAAGGCUUUUCCUUCCUCCCCUCCCCCCUUCACCUCCCCAUGUACUCCCAAAAUCUACUCUGGAGAUUUGAGGGACCAGGUUUUUGGAGCACAUGGGUGUGGGAGGUAGAAUAGAAAUUGGAAGUUCCAUUGCACAGGCUGAUUUCUGUUGGGUAAGCAGGCAUACAUCAUUGAAUGCUGCUCCUGGGCUUUAAGUAGCGAGAACACAACUGCUGGGUCCAAGGCUGCUGCUCUUCUAUUUUUACCGGAACAGGGUCUGAUUUGGGUAUGAAUGAGUAGGGUAGAGGACAAGAAGUAUGAAUACCAUAUCUAGUUAGUGACUUUGUUACUUUCCAUAUAGCUUAUUAUGUUUAUGUGCAUUUUGGGCAAAUACUGUGAUUCAGUUAAAUCUUAAUUGUGAUUCAAUUAAUCCCCAAGCUCCACUACAAAGUCAUAACUCCACAUGCAUGUACUUGCCUGCCAUUUGUCUCAGGUUGUUUCCUUGCUACAGCUUUCAGCUGAAAUUCUUUAUGAGUUUAAAUUAUUAUUAUUACUAAAUUUGUAUUCUGCCCUAUACCUGUAGAUCUCAGGGUGGUUCACAACAUAAAAUUACAAUAUAAAAGACACAAAAUACAUGAUAGAAAUAUGAACAAAAACAAACCAAUAAUCGCCCCUUCCACAACCCAUUUUAAAGGGCAUCGGAUGUCAAUCGGCCAAAGGCCUGGUUGAAGAGGAACGUUUUCACCUGGUGCCUAAAGAUGUAUAAUGAAAAUGAGUUGCAUUUCUUUUUACUGCUUAGGAGACUGAAAUCUCUUAUUUGAUACUAGAGCCUGGAUUCUAAGUAAAGUAUUUUACUUAAUUCCAGUCCACAAAAUUUUGACUGGCCUUGGCAGUUAGCCAUAAUUUAUGGUCUCCACAAACUCUGCUCUGUUGGCACAUGCAGAGGACCCAAGAGCUGAAGGGUCAGUCACAUUCCAUGCUGUGCCUUUAAAACAUUAAAAUACAGCAAGAAGGAUUCUCACUCAAUUUUCAGUAUCUUCAAAAUGUGGCAUGAAGAAAAAGUUAUUUGCAUAUAUCAGAAGACUUGAAAAAGAGACUGCAACAGUCUCGUCUGCCUAAUGCGGUAGAAGAUGGCUCCUGCCUUAAGUUCUCUGUGGCAGCAGAAUGAAGGGGUAGGGUUUUUCAUGUUGUCCUUGGCUACUAGCAGAAGAAACUAGUAGAAAUGUGUGGAACUGACUAAACAACUCCUCAGGUUUUCUCUUCCCUUUUCUCUGUUUCCCCACUCCCUGAUUCUAAUAAUCAAAUGAGAGGUUUGCCUUCUGCUUAGAGAAAAGUACUAGUUUGGGAAGAUGCUCAUACCCUGUUACGGUGUUCCAGGUAUCUGGCAGUCAGGGGAACAAGCAGUUGUGCAGAUAGCAUUUUUAUGUGUCUCUGCUUCUCUUCUAAAAGGCAAUGCUAUGUAUCUUUUAUAUUCUUAUUUCCGCUUUAGCUCAUUUUUCUACAUUCAGGGGGCUUUCCUAUGAGUACAUAGAGGAGCCUGUCCUGAAGGGCAGUUGAUCUCCUUGCUCUGACACAGCCUCUGUUCCAGGUUCUAAUGCUAUUCUUGCCUUCCAGCAAGCGAGAAAACUACAGGUUGAAGAAUUCAGAAAAGCAGCACCUCAGCAUAGAGUUCUGCAACUACCCAGACAGCAUAGCUUCCUACAUCGAUUAUCGCUUCUGUUCCCUAUCAGAUGCCAGCCAGUCUGGGCUUGACCCUGCAAACAAAGUCACCAUCUGUCAGACAUUUUCUGUAAGUAUUACUUCUGUCUCCCUUCUAUCUUGAAAGUUUGUUAAAUAGUAAAUUGUAAAUAGUUCAUUCAGUGUGGUGGAUAUUCUCAGAUAGGGACUAUGAGGACAAGCUGUCUAGGAUGAGAGACAGGCUCUUGGGCUGGAUGUGUGUUUGGCAGUGGGAGGCAAAUGCUUAUGCUGGUAUUAUGGUCAAUUUUAAAGCAUGGUACCUCUUUCUGCAGCUUUCUGAUAAAAAUGGAGAGGUGCUACCUUUUAAUAAUGAGGGUAUCUGGGAGCUUACUAGAGAACACAAGAGACCUGCUGGGUCAGGCUAAAGGUCCAUUUAGUCCAGUAUAUUUUCCCAACAGUGGCCCAGCCCAGAAGCCUGCAAGUAAUACAUGAGGUUUGGAUGAUCCAGAAUAGUCUUUUAAUAUUGCUAUUUUCCGGUUAAUUAGCAUGGCACAAUCUCACAAAUGUGAUAAAUAUCCAGAAGUUAAUGUUGAAAGUUGGUCUAGGGCAGCAUUUCUCAAAUUUGGGUCCCCAGCUGUUGGACUACAACUCCCAUCAUCCCUGACCACUGGUUCUGCUAGCUAGGGAUGAUGGGAGCUGUAGUCCAACAACAGCUGGAGACCCAAGUUUGAGAAUCACUGCUGUAGGGUAUCUAAGAUCCAGUGAUAUUUUCUCAAGUGUGCUCAUGAUUCUCACUCUCCCCUGUAGGCCUAUGGCUGGUGCCCAGAUGGAUUGAAGUGUUCACAGUCUCACAACAUUGACCUAAUAAUUAAUGAAGAUGAGAACCACAAAGAGGACAAGCGGAAGAAAAGAAAGCAGAAGUGGAAGCAUCGGAAGAAUUUUGUAGAGCCCUCAAAGGAACCUGUGUUGAGAAGCCCUGAGAAGGAAGGAGAGGCGGCUUGCAAUAUGGAAGACGGUCCCCCAUCCAAGCAGUCCUGUUUAAGCAACAUGGUUGCUUCUACUGUAGAUUCUGCAGGCACAGAAACUGUAUCCAGUAAUGAGGAGAGUUCUAUGGAUGUGGAACGAGAACUAGGCUCUGACACAACUGAUACCAAGAUGGAUGAGGAACAAGCCAGUGCCACAGACAAUGAGGGCAUCACUUUAUCACCAUCCAAAGAUGGGCCACAACAAAGGGCAGCAGGGACUGAAGGAUCAGGACCAGAAGUCCAGAUAGAGUGUGCUUCUGUAGUGACGGCUUUGUCUGGCACCCAGAACCCAGUGGCACCAGUGCCUGGCUGUUCAGAGGGUGGUAUUCACCGGGCUGGCUUUGAUGCCUUCAUGACAGGUUACAUUAUUGCCUACGUCCAUAUGCUCAAAAAUGAUGAACACAAAGACUCAAGUGAAGGGCCUUGGUUGCCGGACUGCCAUAACAAAGUGUACCUCAGUGGGAAGUCUGUCCCCCUUCAGAUAGUGAAAAGUUUGUUUUCUAAAUCCUCCAAAGCUCACAGCCAGAAGAUGAAAUUGGCUUGGGCUAGUAAGUAGAGCUGGGAACCCUCCUACUUGGGACUUUACAUAAGAGCUGUUGAAAAUAGCAGCAGCUUCUACCCACAGUCAUCAAACAAAAGCAGCAGACUGUGACUUUAUUUUUAAACAUCUGCACAAUUAAAUUACUCUGUACAGUACUAGAAUUUCUGUUUUUGUUUGUUAAAGGUAGAGCCUUUAUGUACACAGGACCAGGCAACUGUCUUAAACAUGGGAGAGCUAUGAGGAGCCCUAAUUUAUAGCAUAUUAAUUUAAUCCACUCAUUCAGACCAACAGCAUGAGAACCAGCAGCUUAUUUUUGUAACGACCAUGGAGACCACUUCUUCUCUUGCAUACAAAGACCAAACAGCUUCCAUAUAUAAGUAACAAUAUUUAUAGCAGUAUAAAACCUUGUAUCUAUGCAGUAUUUGUGCAUUUUAAAUUUCAGAUCAGAGCCUGUUGGGGAUUACAGUCAUACCUCGUGCUAAGUUUGCUUCACGUUGCGGCUUUUCAGGUUAUGAACAUGGCAAACCCAGAAGUGUUUACUUCCGGGUUCGCCACACGCAGAAGCACUUUGCACAUGUGCAGUAGCGGUGCUCUACUUAGGGACUUUUCGGGGUGCGAACAGCACCCCGAAACGGAUCGUGUUUGUAAGUAGAGGAACCACUGUAUAUUGGUAAGUAUGCACCAGCAUACUUACCAAACUAGAUACAGUAUUGUGUAAAUUCCAUUAAAGUGCAUAUUCAAAAAGAUGCAAAUUGCAGAGGGAGGAAUGGGAGAAGGAACAACAUUCAGACUCCAGGGUAUGUGGCAGUGGGGGUGCUUUCAUCCCACCCUGCUGCUUGUGCCCACCAUUUGCAUAUUUUAAAAUGCGCAUGGUAGUCAUAUAAUUAAGCUCAUUGUUUUGAUGAUUGAGUCUUUGGAUGGGUUGGAAAAGUAGUUAACUAAAGUUCUAUGGGCCUCAUCAGUGCCUAGUACAAGGCAUGUGCAGAAAACCUAGUAAAAGAGACUGCUCCUUAAAGUAACUUAAGACAUUCUUGAGGUUCAGCAGGUCUGUUUUGAACAAGGCACCUUUUGCAGACUUGCUGUUGCUCAUAUCACCUUUUAUGAAAUAUUUCAUUGUAUCCAACUAAAUAAUUGUGUGCACUGAAUGACUUCCACAAAUGCAACAGUGUUCCCUUUCUUCCCAUUGCAUGCCCCCCAUGUGCUUUUGACAUUUCUGCAACCUGGCAGUGUGUGCAAUGAUUUGGUUAGAUACGGCCUAUUCUUUUCUGUAACAAUAAUGGUGAAACUCUUGCCUCAGGAGCUAGAAAACUGCAGCUAUGUGUGAGACACAGGAUGGCACAAGAGCUUGAAGAUGCAAGAGAAUUUCAGAAAUAGGUUUCAUGCUUUUCUUCUACCCAUACCACUUGCCUGUUUUUUGGUAAGUUUGCUGCAGAAUAAAUGAGUAAGAAGCUAGAUGGGCUUCUGCAAACCUUAGUUUGCAAAGGGCAUAGGAAGGUAUCUGCAUCAUACUCUGCAUUCUGUUGUUCUCAAACUAAAUCAAACUGCUCAAGCCUUGGAGUGUACUUUAGGUAAAACCUACUGGAAACAACAAAGGAUAAAAAAUCGAUUCACAAAUGCUACCUUUAAAGUCACAUUUGGCAUUAGUAGAGGGGAAAUGUGCCCAGCCAACUAAUGCAGUUACAGCUGAGGUUUAAUCUCUUGCUGGCUGCCUUUACUUAUAAAAGGCUUUUAAUCUUACUCAGCUUUGUCACCACUAGUUUUAGCAGGGAAAGAAAACAGUCUGUUUUGUUAAUACUCUCUUUCUCAGGCCAAAUGAUCCUUCCACCAAUUAGUUGCAAAGACAGUGGCCUCCCCAUGCUGUGGUAGUUUGGCCCUCUGACCAAUCUAAUCUCAGUAGAAGUAUAGUAUGCCCAAGUAUCAGCUGCGCACAAACUUCCUUUUUGUGAACAAGCAGAAAGCCUUGGUUGAUCAUAGUGCUUGGUUAUGCCCAAAUGGCUUCCAAACAAGCCAAAAUAUGGAGUUAAAGGUUUUAAGUUUGCUUAUAUCUCUUAGCUUGUUUGGCAGCUAUUAACCAUUUGUUCAUAGUGGGAACAGGAAACCAUGCUUAACUAGGAUUUCCUGGCUUGUUUCACAGCUCACACAAAGGGAGGAGCAAAGCUUCCAUGUGUGGGUGCCUGACACUCCUGCAUAUUGCAGCUUAGAAUUUAUUGUCAUAGCACAAUUAUCAAGCAAACUUGGUAUACAACUAAAUCAGUACAGCAGGUGUGAGAAACCUGUCGCUCUCCAGAUGUUACUGAACUACAACUCCCAUCAGCCCCCACAAGUGUGGCCAGUGAUGACAGUUCAUCAACAUCUGAAGAGCCAAAGGCUCCCCACAUCUGCAGUACAGAUCAGCCAUAAGUUCUAAAUCUAUCUAGUAUUUCUUACUGUUCCCCCCACCCAAAUAUAUUUAUACAUUAAGCUUCUCUAUCUUUUUCUUCCGCUUAAAUUUAUUUUGCUUUUGCUUUUCUAACUUCUGUUUUCUGCUUCUAACACUGAUGGUACAUUUUAAUUCACUGGUUGCCACUUAUUGCUAAUAUUCCUAAUUGAUGGUGAUCUGUGGGUUUCAGCUACAAAGGAGUUGUAUGGGGAAAAGAGCAGAACAUAUUAAUCUACCACUUUUGCCUGAACUGGUGCCAUAACGCCCACUGCCAACACUGGUGUACUAUAGCCUUUUGGGCUAGCCCUGCAUGUGUUACAAGAGGUUGUUAUAGCUGCUAGUCCUCAGAAGUCCUGUUCACAUAAGUAGCGGAGCCAAGCGUUCAGGACAAGUUCAUUCAGGACAAUUAUAAAAGUAUUUAAUAUAACUUGAUUUGUUGACAUAAGAUGUUGUGAUGACUACUGGGUUAAAUGACUAAAAAAAGAUUAUACCAAAUACAUGAAAUAGGCCAGAAGCAGUAUGCGCCUGAAUACCUGUUGUGUUGGGGAGGAUACUGUUUAUGCAUUGCUUCUUGAUUUUAUGGAAAUGUGACUUGACCACUGUGGGAAACAGAAUGAUGACACUUUAGUUCAAAGCACAGCUUGGAUGAAAGAUCAGGACGAAAGUGGGGGGGGGGGUGUAUUUUCUAAGCCGCAUACUGUUGGGUACUUGGAAAUAGAAACAGCUUCUUUGGGGGGGGGUCUGAAUUCCACACAACAAAUAAAUAGUAACUCUGUCUUUGUAGCAUGGCAUACUAUAAAAGGAAUCUCUGUGAAAUCAGACAUUUAC